AUGGAAUGGAUCGUGGGUCUGUGGAUUCUUAUGGGUAUCUUCUUGAUUAGUUUGUUGUUUUUGUGUGGCAAGAAGGAGAAUACUGUGGCAAGGACCAAAGUUCCAAAAGGGAACUCGGGUUGGCCUUUACUUGGAGAGACCCUUGAUUACAUUGCUUCUGGCUACACCUCGAGUAAUGUCAGCUUCUUGGAAAAGCGCAAGUCUUUGUAUGGGAAUGUGUUUAAAACGAGCAUUUUGGGAAGCAAUGUGAUAGUGUCAACGGACCCUGAGGUGAACAAGGUUGUUCUACAAAAUCUGGGGAACAUUUUCGUCCCUGCUUAUCCAAAAUCAAUUAGAGAAUUAAUGGGAGAACAAUCUAUUCUCAAAAUGAACGGCACAAUGCAUAAGAAAGUUCAUACACUCAUCGCAGGCUUCCUCCGAUCCCCACAACUCAAAGCUUGCAUCACCAAAGACAUUGAACACUCCGUCAAACAAUGCUUCGCUUCUUGGACCCACCAACCAAUAUAUUUUCAAGAUCAAGUCAAAAAGAUUACAUUUCCGGUUUUGAUUAAAGUUCUGAUGAGCGUUGGUCCCGGUGAAGAUUUGGACUUUCUUAAGAAAGAAUUUGGAAAAUUCAUCAAAGGGUUGAUUUGCUUACCCAUCAAAUGUCCAGGAACAAGACUAUAUAAAUCCUUGAAGGCUAAAGACAGAAUGGUGAAGAUGGUGAGGAGGAUAGUAGAGGAAAAGAAGAAAUUACUGAUGGAUAAUCAUGCAAAUGAUCAUAGUGAUACAGUGAAUGAUGUGGUGGACGUACUAUUAAAGGAUAAGGGUGACUCAAACUCUAGCUUAAGCUUGACUCCAGAAAUGAUUAGCCAAAACAUCAUUGAGAUGAUGAUACCAGGUGAGGAGACUCUUCCUACCGCUAUGACAUUGGCUCUCAAGUUCCUCAGUGACUCCCCUCUCGCUCUAUCCAAACUCCUGGAGGAGAACGUGGAACUGAAGAGGCAGAAGACUAAUUGCUCAGAUGAUUAUGCAUGGAAUGAUUACAUGUCAUUGCCAUUCACUCAAAAUGUCAUCAGUGAAACUCUUAGAAUGGCCAAUAUUGUCAAUGGCAUUUGGAGGAAAGCGGUCAAAGACGUAGAAAUUAAGGGGUAUCUAAUUCCUAAGGACUGGUGUGUUAUGGCAUCUCUUACCUCUGUUCACUUGGAUGGCAAGAAUUAUGAAAACCCUUUUAAGUUCGAUCCAUGGAGAUGGGAGAAAAUUGGAGCUGUGGCUAGUAACAAUUGCUUUACCCCAUUUGGCGGGGGAAAUAGACUAUGUCCUGGGUUAGAACUUUCCAGGCUAGAGCUCUCUAUUUUCCUUCACCAUCUUGUUACAACUUACCGAUGGGUCGCUGAGAGGGAUGAGAUAAUAUACUUUCCAACAGUCAAGAUGAAGAGGAAGCUUCCAAUUAGUGUGCAACCCAUUAACGCUUGA